CGGCGCCGCCGGUAAGCUGGGAGCGGAAUUAAAUAAUUUUCCGUAAGCGCGUUUAGUCAAGCUCAGUUCAAUUGCGGCCAGCUUUGUUGGCGGACGUCUCAGGCGGCAUUUCUUGUACUAAAAGAAGUCGAACUAAACCGAAAUCUUCUUCGAUAUUUUUUUUAACUGUGCUAACUGUGCGAACGAGAGGGCAGCAGCGAGAAAAGCGGCACAAGAAGUGAAGACUAAAGUGUCUGAAAGAAAACAAAAAACGAAAACAAAAGACGGUGUGUGAAGUUAACAAUUGCAGUGACCGAAAAACCUUUGGCAGCGAAAAAGACCAAAAGAAAAAUCAAAGAAGAAGAGGAAGAACAAGAAGCAGAAGCGACAACAACAACACGUUUUGAGGGACGACGAAAAUGCCCGAGUGAUCGAGUCGAAACAGCGAUCGCCAGUGGGAAUUGUGAAAGGAAACGGAGAGGUCAGCCGACAUGAGGAUGCACCUGAAUGGUCGCGAGGUCCGGGAGCUGUUGCGCAAGGAUUUGCUAGUGCGAUGGCGCCAGAAGGGCCUCAGCCUGGUCCUGUUUGCCUGGCCAGUGAUGAUCUUCAUGCUGCUCUACUUGAUCCGUCUGAAGUACGGAUCCGAGGAUAUGGAGGCCUGCCAGUAUCCCACUCGACUACUGCCCACCAAGAACCAGGUCGUUCCUGCCGCCUUCUCCUACAUCUGCAGUAUUGAGAACCGCUGCCAGCCGUCCCAUCCUUACGAGGAGUACUCACAUUGGAAGGAGGCACCCCUGCACUCUGUAAUUGACGUCGUCAACGCCUUCGUGACUGAUGACCGGCUCCACAAGGCCGUUGUGGAGCUCGCCGAGAAGGCCAACUUUGUGUCGGCCAUAACCACAUUGAUCACCAGUGAUAGACUCGACAUUAUACGAAGUAACAUAAGUGAAAUUAUAUCCCUGGUGCCCGAAAUCGAACGACGGAUGAACUACAGUUUCGACAUUAAGCAUCUGUUUUCGAAUCGCGAGACCUUCGUUAAGCUGGGAGUUCUGUUGUGUGGUCAUCCGUUUCCUAACACCGAUACUAUACCCCUGGUCAAUGAAAUCCUAGAGUCUGAGGACUUUAGCCAGACCAACGACGCGGAGCUCGAUGCCAUGCCAAACCGUCGUCGUCGUCGAUCCGAAAAUCUCCCCACGGACUGGAGGCCAACCAAAUACUGCAAACGCCUGUACCGGGAUGUAACUUCCACGAACCAAGGCAAGCUCACCUGGAAUACCAUCAAGCCUAUAAUCCAAGGAAGGAUUCUCUACACCCCCGCAAAUGCUGUUACUGAAAGCGUGAUGAAGUUUAGUAAUGCCUCCUUUGAGGAACUGGACAAGCUGAAACAACUUUCCCGAGCAGCAGCCACUAUUCUCACCAAACUGCACACAAAUACCACGUUCCAGGAGGCUUUUGACAGCCUACUCAAGCUGGCCAAAUCCCCGCUGGUGAAAAGUUUGGUUGGCGAUGACUUCGAUAUCGAAGAAAUCGAGCGGGUGUUCCAAUAUAUUCGCACGAACCAAUUGAUAUAUGACAUUCUUACCACUGUGGCGGAUCUGAUGGAUUGUGUGUCGGCAGAUCGCUUCGAGGCCGUUGAAAGCGUGGAGGAACUGCAAAGGAGAGCCUACGAACUGAAUCAGAACAAGAUGUUUUUGGCCGCCCUGAAUCUGGAGGAUGUGGCUCUCAAACAGUCAUCCUACCGCCUGCACAUGGAUACGGAUAAUACGCAACCGACUUUUGAGAAUCGGAAUAGGUUCUGGUUCCCGGGACCAGCCGACAGUAUGGUCAUUGAUCUUAAGUAUCAUCGUGGUUUCGUUCAGCUGAAGCAGAUGGUGGACCUGGGAAUUAUCAAGAGCAAACGUGAAGAGGCUGGCUUCCCGCCAGAGGAGGAGAACCCUGAGAGUGGUCGAUCCUUGAGUGGUCUAUUUAGUAUCAAGCAAGUGGACGAUGACAUCUCCGAUGAGGAUGACGAUGAUUUAGACCUCAGUCUAGAAGAAGGCGGCGCAGAACAGGCCACUAAAAAGGUUCCACCAUCUGUGGAUGAUCAGGAGGCCACGACAAUUCCUCCUUCACCUAAAGAGGAUGAAGAGGAGGUCACCACCGAAGAAGAGAAGGUCACUUCAGAACGAACAGUGGCUAAUGGUGAGCCCGAUCUCCUGCUGCUCAACGAUGACGAUGUUCUGAAACGAACAAAGCGUCAGGGUCUGUUUGACUUACUCGGAGGAUUUGGUGGAUCGGGGGAUGCCAGUAAGAAGAGCAAAUUCGAAGUGGACAACAUGCAGUUCUACACGAAACAGUUUCCCUAUCCCGCCUUUGUUAACGAUGUAUUUAAACGUGGUUUGUACUUGGCCCAGGGUGUUCAGGUGGCCUAUCUACUCGGUCUGGUGGUCUUUGUGGCCCUUUGUGUGAGGGAGCGGAUCUGGAUGAGGGAGAGCCGAAAUAGCAUGUUGAUGCGAUCGAUGGGUCUGAAGGCACAUUCCGAGCUGGUGGCCUGGGCUCUUAUGAGUUUUAUGGAGCUCAGUGCGAUCUUCGUGCUGAUCAGCGCGGUUCUCUACAGUGGCGGCAUCCUGGGCUAUACCAAUUGGGUUUUCAUGAUGUUCUACUGCCUGUGCUUCGGCGUUUGUUUGAUUUCAUUCUGUUACAUGUGCUCCAACUUCUUCAAUUCCGCGAACAUUGGUGCAGUGGCCUCGGCUCUAUUGUUCUUCAUCAGCCUGUGUCCCUUUAUCAUUGUGUUGAUGUUCGAUGCCAAGUUGAGUGUGUUCGAGAGCUUCCUAGUGGAUCUUUCCUUCACCACGGCCUUUGCCAAAGGCUGGGGCGAGCUGAUGCGCAUGGAGCUUCAGCAAGAGGGUCUGACCCUGGGCCACCUCAUCCAGGUUGGCCCUGCGAGGAGCGAGUGCGCCAUGGCGCUACUCAUGUUCCUUCUCGACUUCCUGCUAUAUGCGGUCAUUGGCCUGGCCUAUCAGCGUUUCAAGAGGAAUAACUAUAGCUUUGUGAAGGUCAGUCGUUCGCAGUUGGACGACAAGCUGGGCGCCUCGCUGGUUAAUGUAACCAAACUUUAUGGCAGCAAGUGCGCCGUUUCGAACUUGAGCCUGGACUUUGCCCGCAACCAGGUGAGCUGUCUUCUGGGCCGAAAUGGAGCUGGAAAGAGCACGGUGAUCAAGCUGCUUACCGGGCAAAUUCGGCAGAGCAGCGGCAAGGUCUUGUUGGCUGGAGAGCACCAGGUGGGCGUCUGUUGGCAGGACAAUAUCCUUAUACCCACGUUGACGGCCCGUGAGCACUUGCAACUGUAUGCCCAGAUCAAAAUGCCGCCAGGCGAGAGUGGUGGUGCCGAAGAGAUCCGCUCGGAGGUGGCACGAACACUGCAGAGUCUUAACUUCGGCCAGCACGAGUCCUAUCCCUCAUGGCAGCUCUCUGGUGGCUACCGACGACGCCUGUGCGUGGCCAUCGCCUUUAUUGCCUCACCCAGUGUAGUCAUCCUGGAUGAGCCCUGCAACGGCGUAGAUGCCAAGGCCAGGAAGGACAUCUGGCAACUAAUCGAGCGACUACGUCAGGGGAGGGCCGUCAUCUUUGCCACCCACUUUCUGGACGAAGCCAAGUAUCUGAGUGACUCGUUGGUGAUAAUGAGAAAUGGACGCAUUAUCGCCCAGCACAGCCGCGAUUCCCUGCAGCAUCUGUGCACCUCCAACUACAGCAUUCGAAUGCGUUGUGCCGAUGCCACUGGAGUGACCUUCAUUGUCCAGAAGGCACAGCAGCUCCUGCCCCAUAGUCAGGUGCUGCACUCGGGAGUGGCGGAUCAUCCUCACAGCCUGACUAUCAGUGCCAGCUAUGCAGAGCAUCUAACACCAGGAGCCGUCGAAUUCCUCGAACUGCUGCAAUCCCAAGAGGCAGCUGGCAGCAUUAGUGAUGUUGAACUCACCAGUAGCUCUAGCUUGGAGCAGGAGUUCGAGCAGUUGAACAGGAAUGGCGAGGAGACAGCGCCCCGACGAUCUGCCAGCGAUCGGAGUGGAGUGGUUGCAGGGCCUGCAAUGAUUACCGAUGAACCACCAACUGGAUGCCAGCAGUUCCGUCUCCUGAUGGGCAAGCGACUCAAGCACCUGUCCCGUAACUACCGUCUUCUGCUCUAUGUCCUCCUGCUCCCAGCUCUUUUCGAGCUGUGCGCCAUGUGGUUCGUCAGCUAUCGUCUGGAGGAUGACUUCGACACUGUCCUGCCUUUGAGUCGGUCGCUGUAUCCGAAAUCUGCUCAGUUCUUGUCGCAGGAGAAGGCUACAAGCUUCUCCGAGAAGAUGUAUCCUCAGCUAAGAACCUCUUGCGAAGAACUGGGCGAGUGCAUGGAGUUCAACGGCUCCGAAAAGGCUUACGAUUGGGUCCUGAACUCUUGGGACGAGUACCGCGAACGGCGAUACGGCGGCUAUGGACUAAAUGGCUCCGGCGCUACUGUCUGGUACAACAAUAAGGGCUACCACUCCAUGGUGGCCUGGCUAAACGAUCUCAACUCGGAGCUACUACGCACCACUUUGAACGACUCGGAGUACAAUAUUCUUACGCUGAACGAACCAUGGAAAUUGGGCUAUGCCGAACUAAGUACCAGUUCUAUCCUCCGUCAGGCGGGUGACGGAUCCAUGGUCUUUAUCCUGCUGAUAGCUUUUGGCUUGGUGGUGGCCGCCGGAUCCGUUUACCUAGUUAACGAACGUGUCAAUGGGGAGAAACUGCAGCAGAGGUUGUGCGGAGUGAGUGCUGUUACCUAUUGGCUGGUGGCCUUUGUCUGGGAUUACUUGGUGAUGGUCCUGGGACUGAUUGUGUGUCUGGCCGUGGUGCUGAUGUUUGGAAUGCCUGUCUUUGUGGACCGCCAGCAGUUGGUGGGCAUCAUUGGACUGUCGCUAGCCUUUAGCUUUGCCUGUGUUCCGGCUGUCCAUGUUGCCGAGAAGAUCUUCAGCGACUCCAGCAUUGCCAUUGUGUCGAUCUUCUGUGCCAACCUCAUCAUUCCGCUGGUCACCAUGGGCAUAAUUCUCAUCCUGGGCGUAGUGGGCGAUGGUCCAGCGUGGGAUAGUUGGCGCCACGCCCUCAACCAGGCCUUCCUCAUCUUUCCCAUUCAUGCCCUGGGCGAUGGCUUCUUGGAGUUGUGCAAAAAUUACAUGGUGGCUUUGGUGUUCCGUCGCUACGACAUUGACUCCUAUAAGCAUCCUCUGGCCAGUGACCUGCUCGGACGCCAUUUCACUGCCCUGUUGCUGGUGGGCGUGGCCGCCUUGAUACUCAACGUCCUCAUCGAAUGGCACCUGCUGCGGCGCUUGUGGCAGCGUGUGGAACGAAUGCUGGACUGCACCUAUCGCCGGGAACUUGACAAACUGGGCCAGCUGAAGCUGGUCAAUAUCCAGAGCAUCUUCAAGAGCUGUGUAUCUGCCGGUGAGGCGGUGCGGGCGGAGAAUCUCUGGCUGGCCUAUCGUCGAGGCCGUUAUGCGGUACGCCAGGUCCACUUUAGUGUCCAGAGGGGCGAGUGCUUCGGAUUGCUGGGCAAGAAUGGGGCCGGCAAGUCCACCAUCUUCAAGCUGCUCACCGGGCAGCUACAGCCCAACGUGGGAAGCAUAUACUUCGAGCAGCCUGGCGUCUCGUAUUGCCCGCAGAGCAAUCCGCUGGACCCGCUGCUCACGACGAGCGAGUGUAUCCGCUUCUACGGACGCCUGCGUGGCAUUCGCGAUCUGGAUCAGUUUUUGGACCGCGUGCUGGACACGUACGAACUGCGGCCCUACAAGGACAUCCAGGUAAAGAACCUGAGUGGCGGCAACAGGCGAAAGCUUACGGUGGCUGUGACGUGUUGUGGCUGCACGCCAACUGUUUUGAUGGACGAACCGACGAGCGACAUGGAUCCCGUCACCCGCGACAUGGUCUACGCCACCAUUGAGCAACUGCUACUGGCUCGUCGAGCUGUGGUGCUGACCUCCCAUUCGGUCUCAGAGAUCGAGCAUCUGUGCCAAAGGGUGGCGGUGCUCCGAGCGGGUCAGGUCGUUGCCAGCGAUAGUCCGGAACGACUUAAGUCGGAGCAUGGUGGCUACUAUGCCGUCACCUGUUUCUGCGGCCCCGCCCAGCAGGCGUUGUUAUCAAGGAGCUUGAGUCAACGAUUGCCGGGUACGCGGGAUUUGCAGCAUUAUGCGCACAGUUUGAGAUUCCUUGUAAGGAUCCGAUCACCCGGUACCCUGGGCGAUGCUCCGCUCCUCUCGGAACUCUUUGCCAUCCUUCGAGAUCUGUGCGUGGAUGUGGCUCGCUUUUCGCUAAGUCGCUGUCGUUUCGAGACCGUUUUCGAGCGAAUCCUCGAUAGUUGCGAGACGAAUGGCACGAAUGGCACGAAUGGCGUGAAUAGCGUCCACAAGGAUCAGCAGCAGAAUGUUAGGAAGGAUCUGCCUAGCAAGUCGGCUGCGGUCGGCGGCUCCCUGGAAACUGGGUAUAUUCACUGUGGCUACGAGGAGACGAGAACCUGAACGACUCGGCCACGUCCUCAUUUUCAAACCAAAAACGACUAAAUUCAAACCGCCUUGCGUUUUUAAUGUAAUAAAGGCUUUUAUCUGUGACCUUUCAAAAGUUAAGCCGAACGCAAUGUCUUUGUAGAGUGUUCCAAAAUAAGUAGUAGAGUGUUAAAAAUUUUAACGAAAACGUUUUAAAGACAAAAAGCAAUCGAAGCUGUGCAAUAUGAAAUUCAUUUCAAGUUAUAAUUAACUUUAAAAUAUCUAUUACUUGAGUGUUUUUAGCAGAGACCGAAAAUAUUACUUAUUUAAAACUUGCAUUUUCAAAAGAACUGCUGGGACCUAUCAGAAAUAACAUUCUUUUUACUCUGUUCCACAAAGUUAUUAAGCCAGUUUGCAAUAUUUUCGGUGGCCAGCUUAAAUCACUUAACCUUUUUUUUUGAGCACAACUGUAUAUUUCUAGACAAUUUAUUCAUACAAAUAUUGGACAUAAUUAUCACAUAAAAUAAUGAAAUACUUUAUUUAAUCAUUGAAAGUUGGCACGGUAAAGGUUUUUCCCUCGAAUCGAGAAUUGGGCUUGCAAUGUUGUUAGCUUUAAAGUGAAUGCUUAAUAAUAUUAUUUAGUAAUGAACAUGAUAUAUCAGAUACAAGCCUGUACAUUUAUAUCCCACUUUCGAUUUCUUUUCGUAAUAGAUAGACCAGUUUUUUGUGAUAAGAUGUGAUAAGUUUGCGCCCCCGAGGCGGUACAAUAAUUCACUUACUUCCGGGUGUUCUGUUUAGCCAUUAAGAGUCCUUCCCUUGCCCCCUCAAUGUAAUCCCCUAGAGCUUUAAUACAAAUGUACUGUGCGCGUGAAAUUUAAGACCAAUCUAGCUAUGUACGAGUAAAUAUAUAUAUGUAUGUGUAUAGGUGUAUAUGUCAUGGCCGAAUCCUUAUAGGAUCUGUCAGAUGUUUUGUAUGGCAAUUUAUAACUAAUAAAGAGAACGAUGUGUAUAUAUUUAAA